AAAAGAAAAAUUUUGACGUUUUCUCAAUUUAACACACGCAUUAAUUUCACUGUGCAAAAUUCCAACAUGUUAAAUCCCGUCAGACACGUGGUGGGGACACUGGCGCGGAAUCUGAUGGAUUAUUAGGGACGGUGGCCGACAGGAACGGUCCUCAACAUUCUCAGAAAUGCCCCCCUCGCGGGCACGAGUGUCAGACUGGGAGCAAUAACGAUAAGGGGAUACGAACGGAGGAAAACGAGGUGAAUAAAUCUGCGGUAAACGAGGAAGAACCGUGCGCUAAGAAUCACCACGGUUGGAAAGGAUUCAGUCUGAAGAGGCAGCUCAGCAAGGUUGAUCUGAAAAUAAAAAGUACCUUCUCCCCGGCUUUGCUCACGUCUCAGAAUGGGGUAGGCAGCGAUACUAGCAGUCAGAAAUCUUGCGUUUUUUACUGUAACGUGAACGAGAACGCGUUGUCUCCAGUUGAGAGUAUCGUGUCGGAAUGUUCUUCGUUGUCGUCCGGAGAGGACUCGAUAUCGGAGCGCGGGGAAAGCCCGACGGGCGACGAUAGCAGGAAAGGAAGGAGGAGCCCGACGAUCGACACGGCGGAUAGAAACAGAUCGGUCGGGCAGAGAGAUCCGGCGGAAGCCGGCCCGCCCCUUAAUUUGACCGAGAACCAAGAGUCUAGGCCCCCUAUAUUGAAGAAGAUCGUGAGGAUGAGGCAGGCGAAAAGGGAGGGUCGUUUGUUGUCGGUGCCGAAUUUAAAAUUUGCGAAAAAUGAUCCGCCAUGAUUUGUGACCUAAGAUGCGAGGAAACGAACACGGCCGCCCCACCCGAAUCUUUCACCUACAAUCUAAUAAGAAGAUUCAGUCGGGUAGACAAAUACGACAGUUCGUUUCAACGGUCGAGGAGCUCGAGCAUGUCGUCGCUCGAGAAUAUCACCACCGAAACCAUCAGCUGCCUUACAUUCGCAGAUUCCUACACGAAAAAGAGCGACACCAGCCCGGUACCAACGCUUUGGAUCGGUACUUCCCUAGGAUCUAUACAAACGGUGAUAUUUAACACACCGGCUCGCGGGGAACGACACGCGCAUCCAGUCGUUGUUUCUACGUGCAAUGGAUCUACCUUUAAGUUAAAAGGAUGCAUUCUAUCGAUGUCGUUCUUAGAUUGUAACGGUGCGCUGAUUCCAUACUCUUACGAGUCUUGGAAAGACGACAGUAUGGACAGCAAGGAGCGCAACAGAAGUCAAGGUAAAUGCACCAACAGCCGAAUGUCUCCGUCGAUGAAUACGCAAGCGGGUACAGGAGACGGGUUCGAAGAUCGUCAAUUCGUCGUGUUGGCGUCCGAGAAACAGGCGAGAGUCGUGGCGUUGCCAUCUCAAAAUUGUUUAUACAGACAACAACUGGCCGAAACUCAUAUCGUGAUCAAAGCAGAGAUUACGACUUUAAAAGGUCCGUAUCCCUAAUUAUUUUUAUAUUUC